AUGAAGUACCUCCCACUAGCUCUAGCCUUCACAACUCCAGCGCACGCAGCCCUCCGCUUUGGCUGUGCGACCGUCUCCAUCCAGCGUCUGGACCCGCUUGUCGAGCCCGGCCGCAUCCCCUCGGCACACCUGCACCAGAUCGUAGGUGGCAAUGCUUUCAACGCGACUAUGGAAGGGGACAUCGCGGAGAAGGCGACGUGCACGACGUGCACCUUCUCAGAAAACUUCUCCAACUACUGGACGGCCGUGAUGUUCUUCAAGCACCCCAACGGCACGUACAAGCGGGUGCCGAUCAUGCAAAACACGGCUCUGCCGAAUGGGAUUAACGGGGGCAUGACGAUCUAUUAUACGCAGCAUGACUUUGUGUCAAAUGGGAAGGAGAAGAUUACUGCUUUUAGGCCGGGCUUCCGGAUGACGGUCGGCAGCCCGACCUACAACGUCCAGCCCGGCGGGCGCGGCAAUCCCGGUCUGCGUUUCGUCUGCCUCGAGAACAAGGGCACACGCUUCCCCGAGCUCGCAACCUUCCCCAGCCGGCCCUGCCGUGGUGGUAUCAUGACAGUCCAUCACUUCCCUGCCUGCUGGGACGGCAAAAACCUCGACUCACCCGAUCACCAAUCGCACAUGUACAACACAGUCCGCGAGGCCUUCACCCCUGCAGGUCCCUGCCCUGCCUCACACCCCGUCCGCGUCCCCCAGCUCGCAUUCGAAACCCUCUGGGACACAACCGAAUUCAACCAAUGGUGGCCGGAAGACGGUUCCCAACCUUUCGUACUCUCCUACGGCGAUGGAGGCGACAGCUUGGGUUACGGGACCCACGCGGACUACGUGUUUGGCUGGAAGGGGGAUGCGCUGCAGAGGGCGAUGGAUAGUGAUUGUAUGUUCCAGGGAUGUGAGAAUGGACGGCCAUUAAAGAGUCAGAGCGUAGCGCAGAUGAAUGCUUGUCGGGUGAAGGAUUUUGUGGGCGAGGAUAUUGAUAGCUGGCUCAAGUACCUCCCCGGUCAGGACCCAGAGAAGCUUUGA